AUGAAUCAGGGAGUAGAGACGCUAGCGCGGAUACCGAUGUCCGUGCUCAAGACACAUAAUCGAAAGGACGACGCGUGGACGGCGAUACACGGAAAGGUGUACAAUAUGACGCAUUACUUGCGUUUUCAUCCCGGAGGAGAGAAGGAGCUCAUGCGCGUCGCCGGUAGGGAUGGGACAAAGCUGUUCGCUCUCACUCAUGCAUGGGUCAAUGUGGACUUCAUGCUCGACGCAUGCAUGGUCGGAUUCCUGGUUUCUGACUCUUAG